UGAAAGAACAACAGAAUCAGUUGAUAAAAAUUUGAGCCAGACAUGCUAUUGCUUAUAUUUUUAUUAUAUAUAAGUAGCUAUAAUAGAAGUGCACACUUUGAUAUGGUUAUUGCAACAUAAGUGUUUAAAAUACAACCAUGUUUCAAUUAGAUUCGAUAACAAUAUGACAAGUAAAUAAUCGUUUUUUUUUUGGACUACAAGACUCAUUAAAAUAUUAUUUUGACAAAUCAACAUUUUGUUUGCGUUCAUUUUACGUUAUAUAUUUUUGCAUGAUUUUCUUUUUUUUAUUUGUCAUAUAAAUGAUUAAGUUAAUUAUAAGGGUUGAAAGUUAUGAUUCAUAGUUAAAAUACAAACGCUGUAUUUCAAAAGUGUUAAGAGCAAUUCGAACAAAGUAUGGACAACAGUUCUUGUGUAGAGACACCAGCGGCACCGGACUGGUUGCUUAAAUUAGAAGAUCGGCGAGAAAAACUUAAGCAAUCAAAAUUAGGACAUGAAGCGGGAGCUGGUUCUAAAUGUAAUGAAUGCGGCGAUAAAUGUCCCGGAUUAGAUUUGCAUUUUUGGAGAAAAGUGUGUCGGAACUGUAAAUGCCGAAAGGAUCAGCAUAUGUGUGGCGACGACAACUUUUCUGGCUGGGCACAGUUUGAAAUUUUGGGACAAAUCCGUUCGAAACCAGCAUUUAUUAAAAUUAAAGCACUUGCAAGUCAACCACUUCAUUUGGAUUGGGUGCCACCCAAUACAAAACCAGAUAUAGUAUCAGAUUAUAUGGAGAAGCUUGGCUCUGCAAAGAUACCGGUAGCGGGAAGUUAUGCUGCAGUUAAACGUAAGCAGCAACUCGAAUAUCAAGUACCACCACAUGAUCUCGAUGCGGCACUUUGCGAUAAUCUUACUGAUGGAGAGACUAAGCAAUUACAGCAAUAUGUUCAAAAAAUUCGUGAAAAUUGUGUCGGUCAAGGUAACGUUGUACGUAUAGGUGUUUUGAAUCAAGGAUUUGUGACGCACAUGCCACAGGCAGUUGCAUCACAGUCGGAAGAUCUGUCUUCACAUAAACAUUUUCAGCAUAUAUUAGCUGAAGUACCAGAUUGCGAUGUGAUUCUGAGUGAACUGUUAGCAUCAGACAAAUUGAAGAAUGCAAUUGCCAAUGAAAGUCCAUCUAUCUUAAAAAAUCAUCUUAUUGUUUUUCAAACGCCAAUAUGUGAAACAUCUGCCGAUUUCGAAAACGAACCUUUGAUUUCAGCUCAAACAAAACAAAAACUUUCUGGUCUCAAUAAAAGUGCAGUAUGCAGUUUGGUAAAAAAUGGAGCUAUUUAUGAUAAAGUUCUGGCUGCAUUACAGGACAAAAAUAUAGAAGUGAGUUAUGAUCCCAGGCUGAAUCCUAUUAAGAAUUUCCGCAAAGAAUAUCUACAAAAUCCAGCAUUUAAAAAUGAAAUGAAUGCAAUUUGUAGUAAAUUAGAAGAGCCAAAUCAAAAUACUGCAAAACUGAAUAACUUGUUUAAUUCACCACUUCCAUUAAAAUGUCCUGUACAAACUCGAAUAAGUGCUCAAAUGCGACAAGACACACCUCUAAGAAAAGUUAAAUUUGGUGGUGUUUCUCCUGUUAUAAACUAUUGUGAUUUACCAGACUAUGUGGACUAUGAAAAAGACCCGAUAUUCGCAAAAAUUAUAAACGCGACACCACUAAAAGUGCUACUUGAAAGUAAUCGAGUGGGCAAGUCAAUGGUUCCUAUGGUUAUUUCGCAAUCACCAUUAAUACCAAAUUUUUCUAAUGAAUCCGCCCUUAGUUUGCCAACGAAAAAUAAAUUAAGUGCGAUAGGAGUUGACAAAACAGCAGUACAAAGUGUUUUUUUAAAUGCUCCAUAUUACGAACGAUUGUUUAAUGUACUUGAUGAAAAAGAUAUUGUGUAUAACGAUUGUGAACUUUUAAUGCCGCUUCAUCAACUUCAUCAGCUUUUACACACCGAUCCAAAAUUAUAUGGAGAAGUUCGAAAUUUUAUAGAAAAUAUGCCAUUUGGUAAACAAAUUGCUUACGGAAAUCAAACAAAUAGUUUUCGGGACGCACUUAAAGCAUCAGGCAGCAAUGAUUCUGGAUUCGAUUCUAAAUCAACUACACCACAAGGCAGUAUUAUUAAUUCUCCAGAUAAUGAAAUCAAUGCUAAUUCAGGAAUUUUUAAGUCCAUACCUGGUAUUGAAGACAUGAAUAUGUAUCCAACAGUGGAGGCCGGUGUAACAUUACCAAAUAUGUUGCAAAAUAUGCAUCUAAGUAAAAAUUUUCCAGACAACGAAAUAGGUUUAAAUCAAACUCAAGUACCAGAAAUGAAAUGUCGUGAUUGUGAUGAAGCUAUUAAAUUUGGGGAUGUUGCUGUUAAAGCGGCUCGUGCAGGCAGAGAAAUUGCUUGGCAUCCUAACUGUUUUAAAUGCUAUACAUGUCGCGAACUUUUAGCUGAUUUAGUAUACUUCUUUCAUGGUGGUCAAGUGUACUGUGGACGUGACUUAGCCAUUAAGUUAAAAAUUCCUCGUUGCAAAGCAUGUGAUGAGUUAAUAUUCACUAAGGAAUAUACAGCAGCUGAAAAUAGCACAUACCAUAUUAAACACUUCUGUUGUUAUCAAUGCGAUAAGCCACUUGCUGGAGAGCAGUACGUUCCUGAUGAUAAAACGAAUAUGCCCAUUUGCUUAGAAUGCUAUAAAGCAUAUUUUGCUGUGGUUUGCGAGAGUUGCCAAAAAGCUAUUGGUGCUACUGAAAAGGGUGUAGGCUGGAAAAACGAUUUACGUUGGCAUGAACAGUGUUUUAAAUGUGCAAAUGUAAAUUGCGGGAAAUCCUUGCUUGGUGCACGUUUUGUAGCGUCACAAGAUAAACCAUUUUGUAGUCCAAAUUGCUUAAAAGCUUGCAUUUCUAAUUAAUUUUUUGUGCUUAUUUUUUUUAUAUAUUUUAUUACGCACAAUUAGAACAUAAGUCAUUAUAACAGUAUUGUUUUAAAAUUAGUUUUUUAUAGCACAACUUUUUUUUUAAAAGUCUAUACUAAUUUUUAAUAUUCUGCAACUUUAUUCUUGAAACGUAAUUUGAAGUAAUCACAAAAUUAAUGUCACACACAUUUUGCUGUAACAUGCGACAUAGCAGAUAGUUGUGACACUGUACUUUCCAUUUAGUUCGUACCAUGUUACCAUGUGCGAAUUUAAUAUUUCUAGAAUGUAUUCAGUAUUUAUGGUUACAAUAACAAUGUUUGGAAUAUUAUUGCGUA